AUGGACGCGUACACAGGACUUUUAGGUCGCGGAGGAAAUGUCAAUUUGACGACAAGCAUCAAAGACCAUAGAUCGCUGAUCUCCUCAUUAAUCGCAGGAUUGCGUCCUUUCCAGACCGCUUUGGAUAGUGCAGCUCUCGAAAAAGCGGCUGCAGGGCUUCCCAUCCCUUUCACAUCAAUACAGGCAAUACCGUCAAUGCGAAAUAUGCUAGCAUUGGAAGCGGGCGGAACGGCCGCGAGACACGCUGUGAAUUCUCAGCUAAACAGAGCUCUUGAACAGUUCACUGCAUCACUGGUCCGUUUCGCAAAUGGAGGUCAACCGGUAGCAAGUGAUAUUCAGCAACUCAUUGAGUCAAUUCUUAACUUCGUCGUUAAUGUGCCAGGCUUAAGAGAUGUGGACAUCAGCAAGCUGGAUCCAAGUCUUAUCCCUUAUGUUCUGCGAGGAGGGCAAAUUCCUGGAAUACCAAGGGAGAAGCUGGACACGAUCGUACAACGUAUAUGCUAA